AAGGCUCCUCAGCUUACAAUUGAAUGAAACACAGAUAGUUAGAUGAUACUUGUCAUCACCGCAUUUACCCUCCUAGGUUAAUUAACGAACUUGACUUAUCUAAAUCAAGUUCCAAGCGUAUCUUUAACUUUCGCUAAGUUUCAGCAAUAUAAGAUCAGAAGACGCUAUCAGCAAGCAUCAACUGUCUCACAAUGCAACUCACCUGGUUGCUUCUUCUCUCAUUUUUAGGCUUCCUCUCCCUCCUUAAGCAUUCCAUCUCCCUCCUCAAAUGGGUUUCCGACACAUUUGUCAGAGCCCCCAAGCACCUCAACAAGUACGGCUCAUGGGCUCUCGUCACUGGAGCCACUGAUGGCAUAGGGAAAGCCUUUGCACGCCAACUAGCCCUUCAAGGCCUCAACCUGAUACUGGUCAGCAGGAACUCGAACAAGCUGAAAGUAGUUUUGAAUGAAAUCCGAGCAGAGCUUCCCCAUAUCAAGAUCAAGGAUGUGGCCCAUGAUUUCUCCAGCGAUGUAACGGCGGGUGUCAAGUUGAUAGAAGAGGCUAUCAAGGAGGUGGAAGUUGGUGUGUUGAUCAACAAUGUGGGGAUAACGUACCCGGGAGCCAUGUUCUUCGACGAGGUGGAUGAGCAAGUGUGGAUGGAAAUUGUUAGGGUGAACUUGGAAGCGACUACGUGGGUCACACGGGCGGUGCUACCGGGGAUGCUAAACAGGAAGCGUGGUGCGAUUGUCAAUAUCGGGUCUGGAGCUUCAAUCGUUGUGCCUUCACAUCCUCUCUACACGAUCUAUGCUGCUACGAAAGCUUACGUUGAUCAAUUAUCGCGUUCUCUUUAUGUGGAAUACAAGCUAUGUGGCAUUGACGUGCAGUGUCAGGUGCCGCUAUACGUGGCAACAAAUUUGGCAUCCAAGGUAGCACUAAUUGAAAAAUCCUCGUGGUUGGUGCCGACGCCGAAUGAUUACGCGGAAGCCGGGAUCCGCCACAUCGGCUACGAACCGCGGUGCACGCCUUAUUGGUCUCACGCCAUUCAGUGGUGUUUUGCGCGCUUGCUACCCGAUGCUCUUCUUGAUGCUUGGCGUCUGUCUGUAGGCAUCCGCAGGAGACGGGACCUUGUUGCCUAAUUUGUUUUUAUUUGUUUAUGCUUCAAGGUUAAUAUUUUUCAUGCUAUUAUAAAUCAAUCUCAACUCCUUAAAUUUGUUCCAUCCUUGCAACAAAUUCUAUUGGAGUAUGUACAACUGAUUUAAAAAUACUAUUAAAAAAAGUAAAUAACAUUUUAUUUGUUAAGAUAAAUCACUCUGCCUUGAAAUAAACUUAUCGACAAUGAAAUUCAAAAUUUACAGAUUUGUUAUUUA